AUGGCUGUCCUUCCUACCACCUCCUCUUGGAACGCCGCUCGCGGCAUCGCCGUCUUCGAGCCCGCACGCUUCGAGCGCCUACACCGGCUCAUCACGGAAGCUGCAUCCAACCCUGUCCGAAUCUCACGCUCGAACGACUGGUUCGUGACCAUCGAUCGCAGCCGCUCUGACCUUGCAGACCUCGGCAAGGUCCGUCCACCAUCCGAUGUCGAGCGCAAAGAGAUCGAGUCCGGCAAGAUCACAAUCAGCGGCAACACGCAAAGCCUCAACCCUGACUUUGCGCAGCAGUCGCUCUUGCUGGCUCGCGAAUUGGUCGUCUCGGAGCACUUUGCUGCUUCUUUGCUCCAGCAAGGUCUUGCUGGUCGUGCAAAAUGGGGCCGUCCCGCCGUCGAGGUCGCUUGCAUCCUCUAUCACCGCGAACGACUUGCAUUGCUUGCGUGCCUCAAGGAGCUACUCCGUAAUGCACUCACCAUGCCUUUUGACGAAGACCUAGAAGCCCAACGCAUGGGUCUCAAGAUGGAACAACUCGUCGAAUCGCUCGUCAGCAUCGAGGCUUCGGUCGGCUCCACUUCCACAUCCACACGCAAGCUCACGCUUGCCGAAAGGAUCCUCGCUGAAAUUGACAACGUCAAACAGUCCACUGCACAUGUCAAGGCAUCUCUCGAAUCGCCUGGCUCCAACAUCGCAAAUCAAGGCAUCCAGACACAAACGUCCAACUUCUUCGGUCUUGGUAGUAGCCAAACCGCAAAACAGCCAUCAUCCACAUCCACUGCCAGCGGUGGCAGACUCAGCGAUGAGAUCCAACUUGACCGUCUUGGAUGGCUGCGCGAAGAACGACGCGAACUUGGUCACCUGCUUUACUUGCUGUCCAUCUCGUCUCUUCUAACAACCUCCAACAUUUUGGCCAUCCUCCGUUGGCUGGCUGCCGUCUCGGCAGAAACGUACGAUGAGAUGACCAUCUACGUCCUCACUGCCCUCUUGGGGGCGAUCGAUGCAACUCCAGAUGCAAGAGCCGCCAUGGCGGAUCGCGCAAGUCGAGGCACACUCCGCAACACUGUCGAAGCGCUGCUCGACGACGAGUCGUUUAUCACAGUCACUCACGCCGAGAUUACUCGCAAACACUGGGCCCUUGGCGAGCUCAACAGUGCUGUUGCUCUUCAAUGGUCCAUCUUCUUGGUGGAAGCAUUUUCACGUAACCCGACCUAUCGCACCCAGCUUUCUAUUUCCGAAGAGCAGAUCCAAGAUCUUGUGCUCCAGUCCAUCACCGGCUCAUCCCUCUCCAAGGACUCGAAAGCCACAAGUGGCGAGGAAGGUCCUACUGGCGGCGCCUUCAUUUUCCUGGUUGUGCGUGUCCUAGCCUUUCGCCAAAAGACCAUCGACGCGCUUUUUGGCGAGGAAGAAGGCGCGCUGACGGCUGAGGCUGACACUGCUGCUGGCGAUGUCAUCGACAUCAAUGCUUGGGAAGAUGAGGUGGACGCCGAGUUCCGUGAGUACGUUGUACAGCAGAUCCACAACCUUGCUCUCGGUACCACUUCGGUCAUGCUGCCCAUGCUGCGUCGCAUCCAACGUUCGGAAGAGGAUGCCGCCUUUGCCCUCUCGCGAGCUGUCAGUGCACGAGGCAGCACAUCCGCACCUCCAGAGCGUCGAUACGACAUCGAGGCGCUCUUCGACCUAAUUGCCCUGCUCUGCCGUGGCCGACCCGAAGCUGGUCUGCCUUUCUGGGUCGGAUCUGACAACCGCCCCACACGCUUCCUCGCAUGGGCCAUCGAUGUCCGCGAGCCAGGUCACCAGCGUGCCUUGCUCAACAUGCUCGCCGCCAUGUCUUCGGGUCCUCAGAGCGCCAGUCAGGCAUAUGCGCUGCUUGACCAGGAGAGCAGCCAAGCCGGAGCUACCGGCGAAGGCCGCCUCGUCUCCUGGAGCCGUUUCUUCGAAUGGAUCACCUACUACAUCGACACGUUCCACCAGGCCGUCAACACAUCAUCGUUCCAUGCAUCCAGCUACCAGACACUGGCCAUGCCAAAGAAUGAAGAGACGCUCUUGAUCGGCUUUGUGCGACUCUUCCGCAACGUUGUCUACUUUUCGCAUCCAGCUCGCGACGCUCUGCUCCAGAACUCAUCCUACAACGCGCUGGACAAGCUCUUUACGCUCCUCACCUGCCCCAUUCCGGUCGAGCUCAAAGCAAGCAUUCUCGACGCCCUGUCGGCUUUCCUGCAUCUCUCGUUGAGCAAUCCUGCCGCUCAAGCCCGCUUCUCUUCAAUCGCGACACAGCUGUGGGACCGCUUUGACGAGUGUGGCUUGAUCCCCUCGGACGAUGCUGCUGCAAGGUCGCGUCUCAACAGCAACACAAAUGCAUCCGGUUCGUUUGGUCCCGCCUUCAAGCCGCUCGCUUCCAGGGGCGUCCUGUACGAGCUGGAAAACUUCGAAGUGCCUCUCCGCACCUUUCCUGGUUCCACCAGCUUUGUCAACUUUCUUAAAGCGCUCGUCCAGCUUCCUUCCGGCACGCUUGCUGCCGGUUCCAACGCGUUGACAGAUGCUCCUUUGACGUCCGCAACCAAUGCCAAUCCCUUCAGCACCAUUGUUUCCUACGACCAGCAGGCGCAGCAGCAGAUUCAAGGAUCAACACAGCCAGUAUACCAGCAGCAACAGCGCAGGCAGACCCGUUCUGUCGAACCCUACGUCGAUUUUGUCAUUGACCAUGUCUUUCUCAAAGCACGAACGCGUGACUACGUUGAGCCCGCGGAACAAUGGCGUGUUGUGGCCUCAUGUCUCGACUUUGUCGAGCGUUCCUUGCGUUCAUACGACUUGGCAGCCCUUCUCCGUAGCAGCGAACGAGCAGAUGCUGUGACAGACCCAGCUUUGCUGACCCAGCUCGCGUCGCAUCCCGGCUUCUUCCUGAUGCGUCGCAUCUUAACGGGAUCCAAGAUGGUUGGUGAAAUGCUUGGCAUCCUGGUUCCCGGCUCGGGCCUUGGAGCCUUCGAGGCCAUCAAUCAGAACCGUGCAAGUACUUUCUUUUAUGGCACAUCCGUUCGACACGUCCUCAGCAUCCUCGACCGUGUGCUUCGAUACCAAGAUCUCUUUGUGCAGGUUCUCAUUCCGACAUUGGUCGACACCACCCUGAACGGCGUCCAGCUACCUUUUGACGUCUCGACCCGCGUCGGCAACUCGGGCUCGUACAGCAGCUUUGAUGUUCAGCUUUUGCAUGCCCACGAGUCAGUCGUGCAAAUCGCACUACUUAUCAACUGCGUUCGCGACGAUGUCGCAUUGCUGUCGGUUCGCUUGCUUGGACUCAUCGCGCGCACAGCCGCCUUCAGCGCUGUCGACCGUUUUGGCGAGAUGGGCUACCGCCGCAAGAUGAACCGUCUCGUCGGCUUGUUGGAGAUGAGCGACGAGGCAAGCCGAGUCAGGGCAGGCUAUGUUGCAAGGCUGGAAGCUGAGUCUUCGGGUGACGCCGGAAGUGCAAAGAUGCUUGAAUCUCUCAACGGCCUCGCUGGAGGAUUACAAUCAGACGAGGACGAAGACGCAGAUCUGCAGGCGUCCAACGGCAGGCUGGACGGCAUCACUGCUCUAGCAUCUAGCGAUGCCGUGGAGGCCAUUCAGAUUGCUAUUGUCAACCUUCUGCUUGCUGGCACCGAGCUCAAUCAGCCCGCUCCCAACGUUGCCCACCUCUUGCUUGGCUACGACUUGCGGGCCGUGCGACCUGAAGAGCAGGUCAUCGUUGAUCCCGAUGCACAGACUACUGCGCCGAGCGCCAUUCAUGUCAUUCUAGCUCUCCUCCGUCCCGAGUCCGAUGGCGAUGGUGCUUCUUUCCUCAGUCUGGCGGAGCGAUCGCCCAGCUUUGCAGAAAAAUGCUUCUCCCUCAUUCUGCGCCUUUGCACUCAUCCAUUUACAAGUGCGGCGACACUUCGUUAUCUGCGCACCAAAGAGGACUACGUGGUCCAGCAGUUGCGAAGCAUAUCGCUGGUACCUGCUGAGCGUGGCGCCUUGACCGAAAGCUCAGCUGCUCUCGGCUUGGUGCAAUUUGCCGAUGGGCAAGCUAUCGAAACGACGAUCGACCGCGUCACUGCUUCACUGCGUAUGCGCGCCUCGCUGCUCGAGCUCACUGCGCUCGAGUUGCAUUCGCUACUCAACGCCGGCAUGCAGUCGCGAGCAGCGAGGGUUGUUGCUGCUCUUUUCGGCUCCAACGCCACCGCUGGCGGAGGAAAUGGUAUCGAUGCAGAUGGCAGCAUCGACGAGGACGAGCUCUUGCUCGGCACCGAACGCGAUUUUCGCCUCGGUGCUGGUGGCGCCGAAAUUCGAUCGUUCGGUGGUGUACGCUUGCUAGAGAUCCUGCAGAGCCUCGACUUUGAGUGGCACGACGACCGGGAGGCACUUGGUCAAAACAUUACCGUCAUCACCCCGGAGCAGCUCGAUCUAGCCAAGCGACCCGACGCUGCUGUUGGACCUCGACUUUAUGAUCUUUCCGCGGUUCUUGCUAUUCUUGUGCGAGAAAAGACGAUUCUCCAACAGAAGGGCAAUCUGCGCGACGCAGGUCAGGCCAAUCCCUUCUUGGAACAAGCCGCUUUCGUGCUUCAGUGGGCUUCAGCACAGAACGCCAAGAAGGCGGUCGCCUUCUCGCGUAGACGUGUGCUGCAGGCGUGGCGACACACGCUUGACAUGGUGCUCGCAAGGGCUGCGGGUCUGCUUCGCACAGAGGUUCGAUCCGGCCUCAUGUUUGACUGUCUGUCAGAAUUGCUUCCGCGCAUUUCGACGCCUUCGACCGACGCUGGCGCUCUGGAUGCGCCAUCUGCCGACCUCGUCGCUGGCGCCGUGCUCUCGCUGCUUACGUCGCUGCGACAGCAUCGUGUCGAGUUGACGACAGGGGCACUCGACCUCGAGACAGUCGAUGCUCUUCCCACGGACCGACUGCUCACGACGCUGCGGGCCCUCAUCGACUCGAUUCUGAGACUUGAGACCACAACACUGGCUCGCGGCAACCUCUACUCGGCCCUGAUCAACUUCCUUCAGCUGGUCAAGUCUGGAAGCGGCGCCGAUGCCAGCGAUGAGACUGGCGCCAAUGAUGGUGCUUCGAUUGUGGCGACCGACGUUGACGAUACCAUGUCCGUGGGCGGUGCCUCGACGACCAUCACCAACAUUUUUGGCGGACGCACGCAGACGAGCAGCCUGGAGGCGCGCACUCGAACCCUGCUGCUUUCGUAUCUUGAACGUCUGAUGGAUGUGCUGGGUCGCGAUGCGCUGGAUGCCAGCGAUCUGUCCAAGACAAUUGCUUUCACGCUGCUCGACAAGCUGUGUGCGCUCGAUGCGCCGCCUUCAUCUGGCUCCUCGUCCCGUCGCGGCGGAUCGAGGUGCCUUGAUCUGCUGGACCGCAAGGGCUACAUUAAAAGCUUUGUCACAGCGCUGCGUGAUUCGGACCUGGCUUUGCAAGAGACUCUGCGUCCCGACCCUGCCAGCCUGAACUCACUCUACGUCUACGAAGCACGUCUCGCCUUCUUCAACCGCAUGGCCCAGUCUCGCGACGGUGCUGAGCGCCUACUUAACGCCAAGAUCUUUGACGUGCUUGCGCAGUCCGACUACCUGGCAGCACGCCCCGAUCAAGAUCAAGAAUUUGUCGAUUUUGACAGCUUCCUGCCUGCAGCUACGGAGCGUUACAAUGCGAUGCUGACACCGGUGCUCCAGCUGACGACGAGUAUCCUCGCCAGUACUUCGGCAGGAGCAGCGAGCCAAGGAGCUUUCGGCAUUACCAAGGCAUUGUCAUCCACCUCGGCAUCUUCAGCUCCUCGUCAUGCUUUGGCGCUCUUGACCGCGCACCGAGACACGCUCCUCACCGUCCUCCGCGCGCCUCUGCAAGAGUUCUGCUCGUUUGCCCAGCUUGGUCAAGCUCAUCUGGUGGUCGCCAUCUUUGUGCUGAUCAUGUCCUCGCUCGACGACGACGCGCAACAGGCGCCUAGCCCGCUUGCUCCCUACCACACUGCCAUCGUUGCCUUUGCUGCCGUCUACCUGAACACGAUGUCGUGGCAGUCACGCGUCGUACCCUGCAAUGAGGCCGAGCGCGAAGAAAGCCAUGUGCCGACUGCCUCGUUGCGUGCGCUGCGAGCUUCGAGCGAGGGAGCACACGGCAAUGGCAGCGUUGGAGCAGAGGAAGAAAACGCGUUCAGCGCCAAGGUAAGCGCGAUGGUGGUACGACUGCAGAUGGCGUUGCUCUCUUAUCUCGAGGCAGCGAGCGAUGCUCGAGGCAGUAACACUGUGCGAGUUCGACCAGUGGUAGCGGCAUCGCUGACGGCGAAUCGCGAGCGAUCGCGUACGCCUUACGGGGCAGGUGAGGAUGGCGGCGAUGGCGACACUUCUCGUGCUGGUUUUCUGCGCUCGCAACGCGCGUCUGCUGCUGCGUUGACAGUGCCCAGCAUCGGUGGACUUGUCGCAGCGCUCGACGAAUACACGGAUUCGGUGGCCAAAGAGCUUCAAGCGCUGGAGAACAUCGAGACGCUCUUCGAGAAUGUUGACAGUGUACGUCAGGACGAGUUGGACGAGAUUGCUCGCGAUGCGCUCGACCAAGUGACUGCAGGCGAGCUCUCCGCGGCUCAACGUCGAUCUGUGGCGCUCCGCCAGCUCUCAUCGCGCAAAGCCACGCUCCGCGCAUCGUCAACGUCCAAACUUGAUGCGCUCGAGCUGAUUCUCGUACUGCUUAUUCGUCACAUUGAAUUCUUCCGAACGCUCCACGCUGAUCGAGUAUCCAUCCUCACCUCGGUCGGAACCAGGUCUUCGCCUGCUGCUCUGCAAGGCGCUGCAUCCCACUUAGACUGGAACAGCUUGAUGCACGGUCUUGCUGAAUCUUUGCUACCUGUGGUCGACGAAAAGAUCGGCUACCUCUCGCUUCCACCAAGCUUGGUAGCCAAUGCAAGAGAGAGACAGAGCUUCCUUCAGAUGGCUGGUCGACGACUGGCUAGCUUCUUUACCGAGCAAUAG